UGUGUGUAAGUGUGUGUGUAAGUGCGUGUGUGUGUAAGUGCGUGUGUGUGUGCAUAGAUUGAAAGGAAUGCAAACAAAUGAGAGCAUUACCUGCUCUAUCUGCUCAUGAUCACACCAACUGAUUGAUUUAUGCUCCUCUCACUCUCCCUCUCCCUUUGCCUCUCUCUCUCCUGCCUUCUUUGCUCAGAGUUGAUUGAAUUUCACACUCAAAUUCAAAUUCUUCACUCUCACUUUCAAACAAACAAACCAACCAACCAACAAAUAAAGUGAUAUAUAUAUAAACAAUUAACAGAGAAAUAAAUUUCUCUUCACACAGAAUCUUUUUUAUAUAUUCAUUUUCAAAAUAAAUUUAAAAAAAUCUUAAAUGAAAUUGUAGAAACACUAUUCACCUCUAACAAUUUAUAAUUUGUAAUUCUGUACAACAUUGAACAUUGAACAAGAUUGAACAAUUGACGGGUAUAUUGGACAUUGAACAAAAAUAAACAAUCAUACUUGUGUUCAAGAAAAGAUCUACCGUCUUCCUUCUCUUCAAAAAGAAAAUCAAUAACAAGCACACAUACACACACACCGGUUUCCACUGGCAGUAAAGCGUACUCUUUGAACACAGACACACACACAAAAAACAAAAAUAUUAUCAACAGAAAUAAAAUGAGUAAAAAGAUCUUAUCAAAAACAUCAUCUGGACGAAAGAAUUCCCGCAAAGAACUAACACCAGAACAAAUUAUGGAUCUGAAAAUGGAAUUACGUCAGAUGGCUAUACGUCAAUUGACUCCACUGCCAGAUGAACCUGAUUUUGCCACAUGUGAUGAAACCUUAUCACGAUUUAUUGUGGCAAGAAAUUAUGUUGUCGAAGAUGCAUUUAAACAAUUGGCAACAGCUGUAGAAUGGCGUCGUGAAUUUAAACCAUUAACUGUCCAAUGUAAAUGGUGUCAUGAAACACCAGGAUUUCAUUCUAUUAGACAAAUUGGCUUCGAUCUUGAAGGUCGACCUGUAAUGUAUGCAUGUUUUGCUCAAUGUCAAACACUUAAAAAUAAUGCGGAUGACGUCAUCUAUCAUAUGGUCUAUCUUAUUGAAAAUGCUAAACGAAGUAUCAAAAGUUCAGCCACCCAGCUGGUAUUCAUUGUUGAUUGUACAGGAUUAACCGUAGCCUGUUGUAAUCCUAAAAUCGGCAGUAAAUUCAUACAAACUUUCGCCGACUGUUAUCCAGAACGACUAUACAAAUUUAUCCUACUCCAUCAUAAUCCAUUCUUUCACGGGAUAUGGAAAGCAAUUCGUGUCUUUAUUGAUCCAAACACGGUGAAAAAGGUCAAGUUGAUUAGAAAAGAAAAAAUUCAGAAAACUUUCGAUGAAAUGUUCGACAAAGAGACUGUCACAUGGCUAUUGGAAGAACUUCAGUUGAAUAAACGUCAGUUGGAUGACAAUCAAUUGAGAUUUUGGGAAGCACCGAAACCUAGUCAAACUAUUCCUGGUCGACUACAUGAUCCACGCGGGACACGUGAAUACAUUCAAAGUUGUAUUGAACCGUUAGAGAAGUUGGCUAGACAGCAACAACAACAACAACAACAGAAGUCAUGUAAAUCACAGAAACUUUUCACUUAUGAAACAAUGGGCUUUAAAACACACAUGCCACAUCCAAAUGUAAUGGAUGUUUUGAACAGCUGUCUAAAAUCGACACGUGUCACUGCAUUGUUCAACGGGAAGACUAGUAAACCGGAUAAAGACGAGUUAAAAGUCUACGGGGUUAAUCCUAAUGAUAACAUUUCAGAAAUCAGCGAGGAAGGCUCUGAAGAAUAAGGAAGGAACAACAAACAAGGAAGCAAGCCAGCCAAAAUGCACUUUGUUAAUUCAUAAGAAUAUUGAUUCAUAACGUAACAUAAAUAUAUAUAUAUAUAUAUAAUUAAGUGUUAAAAAUGAUCCAUUUCCAAUCAAAUUGUGCAAAAUAUUUAUUAACUUAACCAUGACUGAUCAAGCGAUCGAUCAAUCGAUCGGUCGAUUGGUCGAGUGAUAAUUAGUCCAGAUGAUGUUCGCCAUCUUGCUGUUACUGAUUGUUUGUUUUUCUAUAUUGUUAAUUUUUAUUAAUCUGUAAAUUUUCAAGUUGCUUUUUUAUAAUAAGAAAAAAAUAUAUACAUACAUUCAUCUUUUCUUAA